GGUGCUGCGGAACCAGGAGCCCCGGGCGGCGGCAGCCGAGGCUGGACAGGCGGCCAGGGGCGAGGGAAGGACGACGACGUCGACGACGAGCGCAGCCCGGCCGAGCUGAGGCGAGAGCGGCCGCCGCGAAGCGGGCCAGCUGCACUGACGCCGGGCCCAGACAUGGUGCUGAUCAAGGAGUAUCGAGUUAUCCUGCCUGUGUCUGUAGAUGAGUACCAGGUAGGACAGCUGUAUUCGGUGGCAGAGGCCAGUAAGAAUGAAACUGGUGGUGGUGAAGGUGUGGAGGUCCUGGUGAAUGAGCCCUAUGAGAAGGAUGGAGAGAGAGGCCAGUAUACCCACAAGAUCUACCAUUUACAGAGCAAAGUACCAACAUUUGUUCGAAUGCUGGCCCCAGAGGGAGCCCUGAAUAUCCAUGAAAAAGCGUGGAAUGCCUACCCCUACUGUAGAACAGUUAUUACAAAUGAAUAUAUGAAAGAUGACUUCCUCAUUAAAAUUGAAACCUGGCACAAACCUGACCUUGGAACACUGGAAAAUGUACACAAACUGGAGCCAGAUGUAUGGAAACACGUGGAAACCGUUUUCAUAGAUAUUGCAGAUCGGAGCCAGGUGCUGAGCAAGGAUUACAAGCAAGAAGAAGAUCCAGCAAAAUUUAAAUCGAUCAAGACAGGACGGGGACCACUGGGUCCCAAUUGGAAGAAAGAAUUGGCAAAUCAGAAAGACUUACCGUACAUGUGCGCCUACAAACUGGUAACUGUCAAGUUCAAGUGGUGGGGCCUUCAGAACAAAGUUGAAAACUUUAUACAGAAGCAAGAGAAGCGUCUAUUUACAAAUUUUCAUCGGCAGCUGUUCUGUUGGCUUGAUAAGUGGGUUGAGCUGACUAUGGAUGACAUUCGCAGGAUGGAAGAUGAGACCAAGAGACAGCUGGAUGAGAUGAGAGAAAAAGACCCUGUGAAAGGAAUGACAGCUGAUGACUAAUGCCAUCCCUUCCCCUCAGCACUUUUUGCAAGACAGUGGUCAGCAGGAAGGCCCAGCAGCUCCACCCUCCUGAGUGACAGGCCAUCUUCGGACCCAGCCUUUCUGUGCCCAUCCGACAGGCGAUUUCCAAUCCCUCGUAGCUAACUCUAGAUGCCCUUUAAUAUUGUGAACAAAUAGACCGUCUGGUAUUAUUAAGCACAUGUGUGCGGGAGCUGGCACCUCUGAGACAUGUGGCGUGUAGGUCGCUGGAUUGACAGCUCCUCCCUCUUCUUUCCAUUGUGUUCUGACCCAUUUCCAUGUGGCCCCUAUUUCCAAGUGACAUUUUUAGCUGAAAUAGCUGUCUUUUGUGAUGUGAUUUAAAUGAUUUAAGUUUGUCUGUUUUAAACCUGGGAUAAACUGAGGCCUCUUGUGUCCUGGCCAGACCCUCAUGAUUUGGAGUGCUAACCUGGGGAGAAAGAAGCUAUUGGGUGGAUUGAUCGAUUUUUCUCCUCCUCCUCCCCCGUCCCUCCCCCUCCCCCUGUCCCUCACCCCACCCUCGGUCCCUGGAAUGGCAGUGCAGCUUCAAGACUCUUAACAUUUGCUUCUGGCAUCUCAGUAUUCUGGUGCUUCAUACUAAGGGUAGCCAAGGCUUAGCCAGUCAGAGUUUAGGAAUAAAAACAAGCCCAGCCCUAGGCACCAGCACUUGGAAUCCCUAUCUUUGGAGAUGCCUAAUAGCUUCUUAAACCAUCCUGUAGGUCACUUUGUCUGCAUCCGUGUGCAGAGCCCAUAAUGUCACUGUCAAGUCUUUAUAGCUAGAGGGUCUCUGUCCUGUUUGGCCCUUGUAACAUCACCUAUGGUAAGUGACCCCUUGGGGUGCUAUCUCUGCCUGUGCCCUGCCUCUCAGUCAGGCUGGUGCUUCUGUUGAGCAAUAAUCCCAUGUUCUCUUGGAGCCCUCUUCCCUGGCUUUGAGACUGGCUAGGAUGCAAAGUCCCAGUCUUUUCAUGCUGCAUGCAAGAAGCCCCCUUUGCCCAAAGGCAAAGUCCUCUCCUCCUCCAGUGCUGCUGGACAGGGAUUAGGAAAAGGCCCUGUCCUUGAUUUGUCCACAGUGAGCUUGACUCUAGACAAUCCCAGAGGGUCAGAGGGUUGCUUCCAUCCAACACUCCACCUGGGUGGGCCAGGGGAAGAGCUGGAGCCUCCUAGCGAAGCUGGCCUUGCAGGCAGGGCCCUGACUCUCAAGUUAGCCAGCUGCUGGAGGCCCCUCCUCUUCUUCCUCCUCCUCCUCAGCAGAACCCGAGAGGACUCUUAAGCCAGCCAAGGGUGAGUACCCGAAGCGGCUGAGGUGCCACCGUUUCUCCAAAGCUGCUUGAAUCAUCAGUGUUCUAGGCCCUUGCUGCCCCAUGCUCGCACUGCCCAAGAGAGGCGAGUUCCCCGGCAGGGAGGAGGUCGUUUGUCUGUGGGUCUCUGGUAGUUUGCUUUGCCUUACUCAUUUCUAAGUGCAAUAAAAGGAGUAUAGGACUUCACCUGAGACUCUGGCGGACCCUUCUCUGGGACCCUUUUGGGGGAAUGGGGUAGGCAAGACCCAGAGCCAAUUGAAUUGAAGCAUGGACCCUGGGUUUCCAAAAGAGAGUUACUUCUGGCCAUUACCAAGCCUCGUUUGGCUCCAGCAAAUGUCCCAUUGCAAACACUUGGCCUCUUGGUAAUCACCCAAUUCCUGUAGCCUCCUCAUUGUGGGUCCCCUGGAUAGACCACUGGGGCAUUGCAAUUGGUCCUUUGUGUGCUGACUACAUGGGGAAAAUGUCAGUGUUGCCCUUAUCGUUUCUUGUGAUUAGCCAUAUUUGUAUUUAAACAACAGUUUUCUUCUCCUGCCUUCAUCUGGAAGGUGGAAUCUAGACAUCUGUCCUCUCUGGGAAAAGACUGACAUUCAAAGCUAAUGAAUGUUUACACAGUUGCAGUCAGGAAAGGCACAAAGGAGAAAGUCCUUCAAAUACCAGUCUUGCCAGCUUCUAAGUAAGAUCAAUGCACAAAACUUGAGAUCCUCCUGGGAUUUUUGUUUUCUUCCUACCUCCUCCUUGUCUGCACACCCUCCCCCGUUUCAACCCAGAGUGAAAGCGUCCCGAAGACCUGGGCUGGAGAAUCCCUUCAGGAUCCACCCCUGUCUUGUGGUUCUGAGCAUCAAGGGAGGCCAGGGCUCAUCCUCCAGAUGAUGGUGCUGCUGAUUGGCGUUGGCUUGUCUAAGACACUCCUGCCCCUCACCUCUCUCUGCCCAGCCUGCCCAUCCCCCUGGCCCCACAUCCAACCCUGCUAGCUAGCUCUUAGAGGGGCCCAUCAUCAUCAUGGGAGGCUCAGCACCAGUGGUGUUACACCCGAGAAUGCACUCUUUGGAACCAGGAUGUGCUGCUGCUAUUAGAUUUCCAGCACUGCAGUCCUAUAAGACCAUCCUUGGUAGCAUAGCUCCAGGACUGGGUUCUGGGGUCUGGCAUUUCAGUGGAAGGAAGGUGUCCGGUGAUCGUUUUUAUCUCCGGCACCUGUGCACCUUCCUGGUUUCUUAACUGUCCCUGCUGGGACCCCCCCGAAACGUGUUUUGGUUGGUUCCUAGUGCUAUUCCUUUUACGAAAAACACUUUGUAGAAUUAACUAGAUCACCCUGUUAUCUCUUCAAUGUGAGUUUGUGCCUUUUUGUCUCCAAAUCUUCCAAUACAGGUAUAUUGGGGAAAAAAGUCUAAUAAAAUCAUAGACACAGCU